UUAAUUAAAAAUUAAAUAAAUAUUAAGAUGGUUUUUCAUUGUUGUGUGAAAGGUUGUGUAAAAACACAGAAGGAUAUUGGUUUACAUGUGAUUCCUAAGAAUUUUGAGAAGUUUAAAAAUUGGACAAUAGCGAUUGGUCGAACGGACAUCGAAUACUCGAAACGUGAAAACUAUCGUGUCUGUGAUUUACAUUUCGCCGACGAAAUGAAACUCCAGGCUUCAACAGGAAAAUUGCGAACUAACUUAAAGCCUAAUGCUUUUCCUAGCCUCCACUUAAGUAGUUCACAAUUUUUACAUGCAGAGACCUCGAACAUAAAUUUGAACAAAACUGCAUCAAAACGACCUGGAUCGCCUAUUGCUUCUACGAGUCGAAAGAUUAUGGCCAUAAAUAUCGAAGAAGAACAAAUUCGACCUGCGUUUCAAAUACGCGGUCAAUUGAUUGAAGCGCUAUCUGGUGAACAGAGUGAGAACUAA